AUGACCCGCCGCCCGUCUACGAGCUCCAACUCGGACGCCUCGUCUACCCUCUCCGGCUCGACGGCAUACUCCUACACCAAGGACCCCAGCGCCGUGACGGUCGAGGAGAAGGAGAAGCGCCGCGGGUUGCGCCAAAAGGCGCGGGACGUGGUCCACGACCUUGGCGCCCCGCCCACCAAGAGGCAGGACGCCAAGGACGGCAAGCACACGUCCAACUUUGCCGAAGUGGCCCUCAUCGGCGACGGGCUCUCCAACCUGCCCAAGGUCUAG